AUUUGCCUAUCCUUGUUUAUUUCAGUAAAUUUGCUGUCUCUAUCUCUUUCUAAAAAUGGUGAACGAACGUUUACAAUAGUUGGUGCAGUUAGUUUGUCUCGUUUUUUUCCAAAAUUAAAAUUAUAAAUGCCGGUUAUUUAAAGUGUUGUUUUGCAGUAAUUCAAUCGGAGGAACGUAAAUUUGUAAAAUGUCAUCGGGCAAUAAUAUCGAGUCGGAAUUUUCGAAGUUAAACUCAAAAAAUGAGUGGUCGGCGAUUUUUCAGAAAAUACGCUCAGAGUGCAUCAAAAACAGCAGUCCAUACACGGAAGCCUUGAAACCACAAAAUAAAAACUUGAAUAGGUAUAGAGACGUCAGUCCCUACGACCACAGCCGAAUUGUCCUCAAACGCGGCACCACCGACUACAUCAACGCAAAUCUCAUAAAAGUGGAAAAAGCCAACAGACAGUACAUUCUCACGCAGGGCCCCCUGUGCAACACCGUUAGCCACUUUUGGCUGAUGGUCUGGGAGCAGCACAGCAAGGCAGUCCUAAUGCUCAACAAACUCGUUGAGAAAAAACAAGAGAAAUGUUACCAGUACUGGCCUUCCAAAGUCGGUCCUGAUUAUAUCAUGACAAUGGAAGAUGUGGGACUAACUCUGGAAUAUGUAGAGCAUCAAGACCACUCAUAUUAUUUACAAAGAGUAUUGAGAUUGACAGAUAUUAAUACGAAGGAAUCCCGAGAUAUAUUACAAUUUCAUUACACAACAUGGCCCGAUUUUGGGGUCCCAAGUUCGCCAACUGCGUUCUUGGAGUUCCUGAGGAAAGUAAGAGACGCCGGGGUUCUGGAACCCACCGUUGGACCCGCUGUGGUGCAUUGUUCGGCUGGAAUUGGGAGAUCUGGCACUUUUUGUCUCGUUGAUUCCUGUUUAGUGCUUAUGGAAAAAUUUGGUCUAAAUUCCGUAGAUGUAAAAGACAUUUUGUGUGAAAUGCGAAGUUAUCGCAUGGGACUGAUUCAGACGCCCGAGCAACUAAGGUUUUCAUAUCAAGCAAUCAUUGAAGGUGCAAAACAACUACUCAAUCAAGAUUCGAGUCCAACGGAAAAUCAUAAAAUCAUGGAUAAUGAACCGGAAGACGGGGUAGCAUCUGAUUCGGAUGAUGACGGACCUCCGCCUCUUCCACCACCUCGAUUAGACAGUCUGAAGAAACAAAACGGUACUCCUUUAGACAGACCUCUUCCAAACAUCCCCAAAAGUACCUCCUUGAACGAGUUUAUAUACGAAAGUGGCGAUAGUGAUGAGUACAUUCCAACCGGUCCGUUGCCUGUAGUUCCCGGUGAUGAAGAAGAGGGCUCUAGUGAAGAUGAGUUGGAAGAUUUGCGUUCCGAUAGUCCGUUUUCGGAGCCUUUGAGCCCUUCGGAGAGUUUGUCGGCGUCCGAGUUGAGGCAUCGUAAACGUGUGGAGCAAAAAGAAAAGUUAGAGGCCCAAGUGAGAGACAUGAAGCGGCGACAGCAAGCCAACGAGCAGUGGACACAACUGAAGAGGUCUCUAUACAAACCUUUAUUUAUAGCGGGCGCUAUUGUUUUGGGCGGGGGCCUCAUUUCCUAUUUUUAUUUUAAAAAUUAAACAAAAAACCAAGACAUGUGUGUUAAGUCUAUUAUGGUGAGAGCUGUUUUUGAUUGGUUAUCAGAGUUUCUCGAUCACGUACCCAGUUCAACGUUAUAGUUUUUAAAUUUUAUGUAUAUUAGUCACAACUGUUUUUGGUAGCACUGAUGAACUUUAUUUGAAAGUUGUAAUAAGAAACGGGCUCUUGGUAUAUCACAGUUUCUGAAUUACAUAUCAAAAUAUUGUCUUAUCUAUUAUGUUUUAUUGAGGAUGUAUCGAUUUUUUUGUAAUAUUUAUUUACGUAAAAUUUUUUUCUUUACGAUUCAUGUUGUUGCCGAGUAAAUGUUUUUAAUGUUACCAUACAUCGAAGUACUUGUUUGAAAGCUUUUCGAUUAAAACGUCACUACAUCACACAUCUGCAGCCGUUUUUGUUUAUUUUAACAUUUUCAUUACUAAUUUAUUACCAUUCGGAUAAGAUUAACAUUAAAAACCAUUUAGCAACAACUGGAGUAUUCGCCUCUUGGAACGAUUCAUGUCUAAUUCAUAAAAUUGUUGCAACAUGAAUCGUUUCUAUGAUUCAUUUCAUUUAAAUUGAGUACUUUUAAUUGCGUUUCACUUCUUUUAAUCAUUGUGUAAGUAGGUAUAUAUGCUGUAUCGAGAGUGUAGAAGAAAAAUAUUACUUGUAGUGGAACGAGUGGGUAAGAAAAAGACUGAGAGGUUACCGCCAACCAUUCCUUUUUUGUUAAUUCGUCAAAAGUUUAAUAAUUUGGGGGUAAUCGUAAUAUGUUGAGUUGGUUUCGCAUUCACUGAAUGGUCAUAGUUUUAUAUGUGUGGAUUCAUAUAAGACUUGAUGUUGAGUGAUGGUUGACACAAGUUUUUUACCGUCCAAUCGGAAAACUUUUGUAGCCAUCAUUAAUUACAGUAGGUACGUCUCAUUGAUUUUUUAAAUCAAAUUACAGGGUGCUUAUUGAAAAAAAAAAUUAAUGCAUAAUGCAUUUUUACCAAUUUAUAAAAUUUUUCUAUCUUCAGAAAAAAAAAAACAAAAUUUUCUAAGGAUUUUAUACCUUAUUUACACAUUCCUUUUAAGUGCCUACGAAAUGCUGUUAUAACUGCGUCGACAAUAUGAAUUUGAUUGUGUUGUUACUAUGAUUUAAAAUUAGAAUGUGACAAUCGGUUUGAAGUUUGUUUAUAUCUGGACCGCCGAUUAUUUGUGAUUGAUUAAUAUUUUCUCAAGAAUUUUAUGGAUAUUCAAUAAAUACAUUGAAAAAUUAUAACAAA